AUGCCUCAAUUCACGGUUGAAGAGCUUCGAGCUGCAAUCGGCGACCCCAACAAACCUGAAGACGUGAAGAGACUCGGCGAGUUUAUCACCUCCCACGAUGAUACAUUCGCACACGGUUUAGCCUUUUUACUUAAUAGCCUUGACGAAGCUACACUUCAACAGAAGCUUUCUCUUAAGCGCGAAAAGCUAGCUCAAGUCACGGCCAUAACCGAUCAAGAGGAGAGCGACAAAAUCAUCAAGGAACUACAAGACAAACUCACCGAAGCUACAAGCCAACUCAAUACAACUCCUCCUGCCCCUGCUCAAACUGUCCGAUCCCCCCAGCUCCCAGACCCCCUUCGUUUCGGCGCCACCCGCAAGUCACCUGAAGACCUCCGCAACUACCUAUUUGACAUCAAUGUCAAGCUUCGAAGAAACGCAGACUGGUACCCCACUGAAUACGAUAAGAUGGCUUACGUUGUUUCUACCCUAGAAGGCGAAGCACGUAAUCACAUCAACCCCUAUUUGGACAAUAACGGUAGCUUUACCACCUUGACUUCAGUUAGCGACAUCACACGAAUUCUCGAAGACACAUACAGCAACAAGUUUAGCCAAGAGGAAGCGUAUGCGAAGAUUAUAUCAGACAAGCAGGGCCAACGACCAACAGCGGAAUUCCUCUCUAACCAUCUAGCUUUGGCUAAGGCCUCUGGAUCAACUGGAUUCGAUUGUACUCAGCGACUUAUUCUCUUUGCUCAUUCCGCUAUUCGCGAUAGAGUUUUAACUAACCCAGCCUAUAACCGUCACGUCUCCCUCGAAACCCUAGCUACGCUUAUACGUGACGCCGACCGUAUUAACAAGUCUGUCUCUGGCGAUGACUAUACUCGUACACUUCCAAACAUCGGCUACAACCAGAAGACUGUUCAAACCUCUACACAGUACCUCCCUACGACCACUGCCAUAUCCGCCUAUCAUCAACCGACCACGACUACUGCCGACCCAAAUGCGAUGGACCUUGACGCUAUGAAGCUGGCCACCGCAAGAAAUGCUUGGACUUGGGACGACGUGAAGAAGAAGACUUGGGCUAAGACUCCUGAACAGNCAUCAACCGACCACGACUACUGCCGACCCAAAUGCGAUGGACCUUGA